UUUUUGGUAAACUUCCAAUAUUUUACUUGAAAUUGGCGUCUUGGCGAUAACUUCCCUGUAAAGAAGACUAUCUAAGAUUUUUUUAGAUGCUUUAUAAUCGCAGUAGAAGUAGGCUAAGAAUGAUGGCUCUUCUCAAUCAGUCAAGUUUAGCAAAAAAACUUUCCCGCGCGUCCUUUGCAAGGUGCCAGCGAUAAUUAACGACGAUGGUUGUAAAAAAGCGGGAUUUUCAAAAAACAGCAGGACUUAUUCAGGAGUUCCUCUGCAAACUUUCGUGCGAGGAGGCGACUGCUGAACUGCGGGACUCCAUGAAUCUCGUUCUUUUCUACUUACAAAAAUACUACAAAAAGCUCCGGAGCAGAAGCCUUUCAAAUGGUGCGUCACCAAGAUUAAAUGGAAAAUCUCUUAGCGGAAGUCUUAUUUUAAAUGGUGGUGUGAGCCCUGUGUCCCCUGCUUGUGGAACACCUGAUCAAUUCGAAUGGAAGUGGUACAAUUUAGAAUCACCUAGACUAUCAGCAAGCCUCGGAACGAACGAAUUUUCUUCUCUCCCUCUGGUGUUGCAAGCUGCAAAAUCGGCAGAUUUGAAACUUUUGAAAGAACUCAUAGAUAAAGAUCCAGAGGUUGUGCAGCAAGUAGAUGGUUUGGGACGCAAUGCUGCAAUGUACUGUGUCCAUGGAAAUACACCUGCCCACUUAGAAUGCCUGCAGAUGCUUAUUACCGCUGGUUGUGACCUGGACCUCCAAGCAAAUGAUAACACAACAGCUCUACACGUUGCUGCCCAUGUCAAUAAUACGAGGGCCCUGACUCUACUGCUUCAUUAUAAGGCAUCUCAGAAUGUUGAAGACAACAUGGGAAGGACACCACUUCACUGGGCAGCAGCAAGUACUUCAGAGGAUAAUGUUAAGUUAUUGCUUCAAGAUGGGGGAAACUUAAAUGCUGUAGACAGUGAGGGCUUGACCCCAGCCAUGUGGGCAUGUUACUUUGAUCAGCUUCAAAAUCUUCAGUUUUUACAUAAAGCACUGUCUAGGAUUGACCCAGAGGAAGAUGCAAUCUUCAGAGACACUGAUUGUUAUGGACAGUGUGUAAUACACUGGGCUGUCAAAGGAGUGGGAUCAUUGCAGUGCCUAGAGGACUUAUUAACACCACAGACUGCAGUUCUAAGGGACAGUGAUGGUAGAACAGUACUACAUACAGCAGCAGAGAAAGGAAAUACAGCAGCUUGUGAGAUGGUUCUUGAGGCCAGAGGAAACUUAGAGGGCCUUCUGGAUACUGACAACUCAAAGAGAACUCCAGUUCAUCUUGCUGCCAUCUGUGGUCAAGGAGAAGUGGUGAACUUCCUUCUUGAUAGAGGAGGAGACCUCUCGUUGAAAGAUUGUUUUGGUGCCACUGCAGUUGAUUACAUCCAUAACAAACAUCUCAACUACUGUGCAAUGGUGAUCAGAGCCCACACACAGUGCAAUGAACAUCAGACAACCAAGAAUGCAUUUGUAUCUACACCUUGCAAUAUGGAAAGACAAGAUGAUCAUGACCAAACUGAUACUUCAAGACCACAACCAUCUGCUCUGACAAUUGAAGCUGUUAAAGCAACAACAGAUGACCAACAACACAGAGCAUCUUUCCAUGAUCAGAACUGUGAUGUGUCAGAGCUCCAUGGAUUUGAUGUACAAGGUGGGUCAGGACAAGUGGAAGAUGAGCAAAGUUCUCAAAACAGAGAACAUUACUCAAAAGGCGGCACAAUAAAUGCAAACAUUUCAGAUAAGGGGGACGAACAGAACAGGUCUUCAAAUGCAAACAGACGACAGAGUACACUAACAAGACAGAGUGGGAUUCGUAAUGAAAGUAGUGAUUCCAGACACUCUGUAGAUCAAGCUCCAAGUUUUGAUCUGAGGACUGAAGAUGGUAACAUACUAGUCGUGGUAAGUAAUCUUGAUAUGGAAGAUCAACAGGAGGAAGUUAUUGACGUGGAAGAUGGUGACAUUGGCAUUGACUGUGAGGAAAACUUGGAAUAUUCCAGUGUAGGUUUGCAGCAGGGACAUGGAAGUGCAUCAAGUAUACAUAGUGAGGCAGAUAAUGCUGAUAACUGCAGUGUUAGUGGUGCACUUAGUGUCUCAAGCCUUGGCAGUGACAAUGAGGAAGUAGUCCAUGAUGAGGACUUAAUAGAUUACCCGGAUGAAAGCAACAAACAAAAGCAGAGGAGGGGAGAAGUUAUGGAUUCACAAGCUCAGACCAUACCGGAAUCUCACAAGAGUACAAAUCAACGAUCAAGACAACUUGCUCAAGAAAUUCCUCCACCCCCAAAAUACCCAACGAAACUGGUACAGUUACAGAUGGAAAACAACUACAUUAAUACUGAUAACACUGGGGAGUAUAAUCAAGAGAACCUUGCUGUACCAUCUAAGAAGAAGAAAGACAAAGCUAAAAAGAAAAAACAGAAGGGACCAACAGGGUCUGAAAUGUCGUCACCUCUUCCACCGCCAAGAGGAAUUGUGCCCCCUCUCAACCCUCCUGGUUUGGGGCCUCCUGGUAUUGCUAAACUUGGUGUUUUGGAUCCUCGUGGUAUAAAACCAGCUCCUUGGGAGCAUGGUAGCCUGGGUCCCCUUAGACAAGCUCCUCCAGAGCUACCUUCAUCAAGCCGUGGAAUGGGAAGACAUGCAGAGUACUCUAAAGGUUAUUCACAUCAUGGGGAAGUUCUUGAUCGUAAUGAAGGUGCAUUUGAAAGACCUAGAACUCCUGAACCACCUCGUAGUCCUCGUGAUAUUACAACAAAUCAAUCACUUCAACCAUGCCCUUCUAGUUCCAUGAUUGGCAGCCAAGGCAACCUCUUUAGAGGUCCUAUAGAAGUAGGGGUGCAUGACAGGGAGAUGAAUUAUGGCCCACCUGGUCCAUCUCAUGGACCCCUGGCACAUGCUAAUGGCCAAGCACUUCUCAAAAACAUUGACAUAAUAGGUAGAGGUCCCAAAAUGGAGUCCUGGACAGGCAAGAAUGUAGGUGGAAUAAUGUCCCAUGGACCUCCAGGACAGCACAUCCAAGCUCUUCAUGGACCAAUUCCUCAUCCACCCCAGCGGUGAUUAGAAGCCUUGAAAGAAUUGCAUUCAUCUGAUUGUUUUAUGUAUUAAGUUCUUUCCAUGAAAGGCCAUGGAGACACUUGAGCUUGGACGAUACAAAACAUGUUUGCCAGUUUUUAGAAAUCAUGAUUGCUUUGUUGUGAUUUGUUGAUGGUACACUAACCUGUCUGGGGUAUUGUCUGUCAAUAAUAUUUUCUGCUCCUCAGUGAAACACAUUGUGUGCUCCAAAUCUUGCUUGGUUCUUGUGAUAUUGAGAGAAGAACUAUAAGCUAUGAACAGAGUAACUAACUAACAAUAUCUUACGUCCACUACACCUAUCAUUAAAGGUGUCCACAAUAAAUACUUUCAGCUGAGCAUUUUAAAUCAUCUCACAGUUAUUCAAAUGUAAAAAGAAACAUGUUAGACAUUUAGUGCAUGUUAGCUAUAAUUAAUAUUAUAGUUUGUAAUAAUUAAUAAUAGUUGUAUUUUAGAAUAUAAUUUUCCGUAACAUAUUUAGUGGAAACUUGCAUGUCCCCAGUGAGUGGGUGUCAGUGGAUGUAGUAGAUGUAAAACACUGCUUUAUGUAGUUACUUAUUUACCUGGGGGUGGGGGUUUACUCUACAAAGGUUUAUAUGGGGAGGCUCUGCCCCAAGGUCCAACCCCUUACCCUUUUGUAUACCAUUUUGACAGAAAAUGCACCCCUUUCAUAUACCUUUUAUUGAAAGAAGGUACCCCUUAAGAACACUACAUUGCUUUUUAAACCCUUGAAAUGAAGUUAAUGAUGUUAUGCUUAACAAAUUAAAUGAUACAGCCACAAGGUGGGUCUUUUCAAAAUAUUUUUAUUAGGGUCCCUUUAAAUACCUAAACUGACACAUUCCUCUGCCCUUUUAUACGCCUGAAGCCUGUAAGAGGUACCCCUUUUGGGCUGAGCGUCUCCGUACAGGCCAUUAUAGGGAGUUUCCCCCCCCCCCCAGGCUUAUUUACUAGUUAUUUAUAAUAAAUUUUGUGACUGUUUUAUGAAAUUUAUUUAAAGGUAGUUUAAACUAUAUUUAUUGUGAAAGGAUCUCUUCUCUUUGAUGGCAAAAUAUCAUAAGUUGUCGUAGGAGUUACCUGUAGUAAUAAUAAUUUAUCUUUGAUUCCUAUUAGCAUCGAAAUUAUUGUUAUUUUAUAAAUAUUAUCACUGUCACACAUACAUAUUAAUUUAUGAAGCAUUGAGGUAACUGAUGCUCAGUCACUAGGUGUUUUGUCAUCCCUGCAACUGGAAAUAAACAGUCUGUGACUUCUGCUA